AUGAUGGAGGCCUUUCUGCUUCGACCAAAGUCGUCCAUAUGCGACAAGGUCAGAGAGAUGUGCUUCGCUAUCGGCCUUGUCGACCAAGCUACUCUAAGUCUUGCACUUGCGGAGACCGCCCUAUAUAGCAAUGGUUAUACAGGUGAUAUGCAUUCUGGGCGAGAAAAUUCAACUGCACUGAAGCACUACAAUCUCAGUUUACGUUUCACCAGCCAAAAGAUCCAAACUUCGAAUAGCGUGCCUUCUGACGAGAUUUUGAUCACUAUUAUAGGUCUUGCCAACUACGAUAUGAGCAUAGGCAGAGUCGAACGAUACAGCACCCACCUGGCUGGCCUAGAAACCUUGGUACGCGGCCGCGGAGGAGUAGAAAGGCUUCGCUCAUCAUAUUUGUUAUUGUCUUUAAUCUGGUCAGAUGUUAUUGGAAGCCUGUCCCUAGACCGUCCACCGAGAUUUGUAGCUCCUUCACACCUAUGGACUCAGCCUGAGCCGCCCACAAUCACCCAUGCUCUGGCAAAAACCCUAAACGCUCUGUGCAACUUGUCACCAGUUCUUUCAGACUUAUGUUCGGUUCUUCUAUCACUCACAAGAGUUGCUAAGGCGUCUCUGCACUGGGAAGAGUCGACGUUCCGUUACUGUGAAACCAUCCUCCAUAGCUCAUACUUUCUCCUCUUAGUGCCAAGGCACAUACCGUCAGAGGGCCCAGAAGGGCAUUCUUCUAGAAUAUCACUAAUUCACCAAGCCGUUCGUUUGGCCGCUUUGAGGUUUCUCGUCACUGCUGCUGAGCACAGUCAUCACACACUCGGCGCCAUCCAGUAUCGCAAACCUCAACUUUCACACCUACUGGCAGAUUAUGAGAUAUCGUGGGAUGGAUUGGAAGAACUUCGGGUCUGGGUACUGGUCAUGGCGGUAGUGACCGAAGGGACUCAUGACAAAAGUUGGAUGACGGAGAGGAUAGCCAUCACGAUUGAACGACUUGAUUUGAACUGGACCCAACUAAAGGGAACGCUGAGGCAGCUUGCUUGGGUAGAUUCCUUUGAAAGCCAGUUCAGUAAGCUGGAGGAGGCCAUGAAGAGUCAGAAGGGGAUAGCCAGGGUUGAUUCAAUACCGCGAAACUGA